UCGUAGUAGUAGCUAGAGCUAGCUAGGUCUCCUCGACGGCUCGACCCCAGUCUCAGUAGUUUCUCUUCAAGAAUCAAGAUGUCGCAGAGGCCGGGGAGGCACCAGAGGAGGGCGUCGCAGAGCGUGUUCUCGCUGCCGGAGAACUUCGCCAGCCUGGAGGACGUGCCGGCCGACGGCGUCGGCGAGCAGCGGAAGCCCGCCGCGGCGGGGGCGGACGCCUCCGAGCAGCAGCCCGCGAGGGCGCCGGCGGGGCGCCACCGGCGGGCAAUGUCGAUGGCCGUGCCCUCCAGGGACCUGGACAUGAUCGCGGAGGACAUGGGAAGCUACAAGUACGGCGCCUGAUUAGUAGCUGUGUAGUUCACGUUUGUGUGUACGUACGUACGAGUUCUUCCCUGGCUGUUGGGUAGUGUCCUGUUCUGUUCGCCGUUUGGUAGUGUUGUUCUGUGCUUUGUUUUUCGUGCUUCUCUGAAUGUGUACUCCUUCCUUAAUUUGCUUGCCUGACCAGAGUAAAGAAAUCCCGCUGUUGCAAA